UACAGCUGAAACACUAGUUUCGUCGGUUCGGUAAAGUGUCUUGCUCAAUCUACCUUCUUUAGCCAUUUCUUCUGACCUAGAUCAUCUCUGUCUCUGAUUAGUCCUUUUCCUGGAAAAUGAGCAACCACAAAAGUCGCUCCAAGACCUCCAAUGAAGCUGUAGUUAAAGAUCAGAAAAGAACUCGUCGUAAGCGAAUAGCUUUCGCUGCCUGCCAGCUCAAGCGACUGGAACGCAGCUUUCAAAAUGACCGAUAUCCAGGAAUCGCAAAGCGAGAAUCUCUCGCUAAAGAACUCAGAAUUAGUGAGAGCCGUGUCAUGGUUUGGUUCCAAAAUAGAAGAUCCAAAUGGCGCAAACAAGAAAACAACACAAAGAAACUUAUACCAGUAUCCGAUCAACCUAUGCCGCACCCUGUGGACCUUAACUAUAACCCUAAUAACGRUGUCUUAAACCACGGGGGAUGGACACGCCCUACCGCUUGGCUGCCUUGCGUACAGCCGAACAACUGUUGUUGUGUUCAAACACAUUGGUUCGGCUGCACGGAGGCUACCGCUUGGCCAUCUCAGGCAAGACGUUCAACUGCUGAUUUCUUAGUUUCAAGGGUAUCAUCUUUGCUAUCUCCUGCUGAUAACAAACAUUCUACUCCAUUUUAUUUUGUCGGUGAUGGAAGUACAAGUAGAGAGUUCGACACUCGUUUAGCUCCUCUCUGAUUAAGUGUGGGGGGAGCAAAUCUUUCGACGAGWUCUUGUAAGGGUAGGCAAUACUGCCCUUCAAGGAAUCAUAAAAAUGAAGUGAACUCGUAUAGUUUCCCUUAAUCGCCCAUUUAUAUUUUCAUAUUCAUUUACCGCGGAACUGCUCUGGUUCAAUGCCACAAAAAAAACAUUGCGUCCAACGGCGAAGCCAACAUUCCAGGGAUAUUAUACUCAGCUAGAAGAUUUCACCACAAGAGAAAUGAUUUGACCCUAUAGYCUGGACAUUGUUAUUUUAAGUUGAAUUGUUAAUGUUAUAGCGGUUUUGCAUUUACCUCAAAAAGUGAARUCAUGUGACCAUGGUGACCAAAACUGUUUUCACCGCAAAAAUGUUAUUGGAGAUUGCGUUCACCAACAAUAAUGAGRAAAUUAUAUCAUAGUAACUAUUUAAGAGAUUUGGAAUAAAAUACCU